CCCUGGAUUACUUGAGAGGGCCUGCUUGCCUGCCCAGGUGAGUGAAGCCAAGCAGCAUGGCUUGAUUCCUAACAGUGCCCAACCGCUGAACACCAUGGGAAACCAGGAUGGGAAGCUGAAGAGGAACGCAGGUGAUGUGCACGAAGGUGGCGAGGAUGCUUCUGGGCCCAGGGAUGCCGAGGGCACAAAGAAAGGAGGGGGGAGCAAGAAGAGCCUGGGCCGGCACGGGAAAGGGAGCGAAUCGACGAAAAAGAAGGGCAAGUCUGAAGCCAGGGCAUCUGUCUUUUCCAAUCUGCGCAUCAGGAAAAACCUCUCCAAGUCUAAAGAUGGAACCAGCAGCUCGAGAGAGGAUGUUUUAGAAAGCCAGGCCGGGCAAACAGGAGAGCUGGACAGUGCUCACUCGAUUCUCACCAAAACUCCCGAUAUAAGCAUUUCUGCAGAUGAAGGGGGUCUCUCGGAUACCGAUGCAGAGCAUUUUGAAAAUACAAAUGAAACUCGCCCUGCAGCUGUCGAGCCGCAAGAUGGACAAAGAACCAGCUCUGGCUCGGAUACGGAUAUAUACAGUUUCCAUUCAGCCACCGAACAAGAGGAUUUGCUUUCUGAUAUUCAGCAGGCAAUUAGACUGCAGCAGCAGCAGCAGCAGCAGCAGGGGACAAUUAACGUUGGAACUGAGCAGCAGGGCACCAAAACAAUGGACCUACACAUGGCUAAUUCUCAAGCAACCCCAUUAGAUUUUGAAAGGUUUCUUUCACGCAGCAGUGACAAAGACAGUAGCCCGGAUACCGAGCAGCCAGUCUCUGCUAAAUCAGAAAUCACAGAAUAUGUCCCAAGCUGUCAGACUGAAGUGCAAGAAGGGGCAAAUGGCAUGGGGCAUUCCUGCAGCAGUGUGUCUGAGAUGCAGGAAGAACCUGAGCAACUGCCAACAGAAGAGGAGCAACCUGCUGGUGAAGAAGGAGACUUCUCUACUCCCAUUGCUGCAGCUGAAGAAAACGGGACUCUUCUGGGCAGUUCAGUCUUUAAUUUCCCACCCCCAGCUGGUGAGUCUGAGACUGAAGUAAUUGCUGUUGAAUGUACAGGUGCCGAAAGAGAGGCUGAUCCAGCAGAUGGAGGCAGGGAUCGGGUUGCCGUGGCCACAGACAGGAAAUGGAGUUUGUCAACUAGCAAAGAAGCAGCGGAGGAGGGCUUUUCGGUGGAAAUGAAAAAUGGGACUUGUUCCUCAGAGGAUGUCUCCAGCAGCCCAGUGCACACUUCCAAAUGUUUUAAACCUUACCCUUUCAUCAACCCAUGCUACAUCAAAACCACCACUAGGCAGCUGAGUUCUCCAAAUCAUUCGCCUUGCCUUUCCCCUUCACAGAGCCCCCUCUUUAAAAGGAGACGGGAGCCCUCUCGACUGAAAGAGAAGGCACCAACCAAGAAACAGAGAUCUGCUAGUUUGGCAGGGGCAUUUAGCCGAUCCGCAGACUGGACUCAUGAGAUUUCAGAUGAACCCAGUGAAAUAGCGCAAAAGUCAGGCUCUGCAGAUUUUUUGGAGUACGGGCAGACCAGAGAUGGUAUCCAAGGGGAAAGAGUGCCUUUGAAUCAUUUGAGAAAGUCCUCAGGAAUGUCACCUUCUACUGAUGCCUUCCCUAAUGUAUUUCGAGGUCGAACUCUGCUAGAAAAGCUCUCCAGCCAGCAGGAGAAUGCACCCCAAGAAGAAGCAGAGAAGCUUUGUUCUUGGAUCAUUGCAAUGGGUCUUUUGCUCCCCUUCAGUGACUGCUUCAGAGAGCCAAGUAGUCAGAGUGCACAGCAAAGUGCACCAGCAUUUGAUCAAGACCAGCUUUAUACUUGGGCUGCAGUCAAUCAACCCACUCAUUCUUCAGAUUACAAUGAAGGAAGAUUUCCAAGGAGAAGUCCAUCAGUGUGGCCAGCACCAAAGCCUCCAGAUGAAGAACAGAAAGUGAACCAUAUAAAGAAAGAACCUGAAGCUGCUGCUGAAGCAACAGAGACAGAAUAUGCAGAGGUUGUACAGCAGGUACAGGUAAGAUCUU